AUGAGUGCGGAUAAUAUCUUGGAAUGGUCGAUUUUUCAUGGAAAGUACCCUCGAAACGCCCUGAUUAGAGAGAUCUUCCAACUCAAACAAGAUAUUGCGACUCCGGGACAAGGAGGUUCGAAGGUUGCCCUUGUUGAUGAAGUGGUACGAUACACAGGGCUACACCCUCCUGACGACGAGCGAAUUCCCCAACUUGUUGAUUGUUUUCUACAAAAUAUCCAUACGAAGAAUCCUAUUCUCGAUGUGGAUGUUCUUGUCAAACAUGGUCGCAAGUGUGCAGAGCAUGGUGUGGGUUGGGAUGGCCUCUCAUGCCUCGUUCUUCUUGCAUGCGCGCUUGGCAGCGUAGCAAAACCUUUUGACAUGUCGAUUACACAACAGACGGUCCUGCCACGCGCGAAUCUCGACCUCGCGUCAUCCUCGGCGGGCUCUGUACAUGUGUACGACAAAGAACUGCAACAGGCCGAAUCGUAUUUCGCACUCGCAUGUCGUCGCCUUGGCUCAUUGAAGCACACAAUGCUAGGAGCCCAAUGCCACUUCUUUGCCGGAGUUUACUUGAUGUACACUCUCCAACCAAUUCUAUCGUGGCAAUACUUCUUUCACGCCUCGACUCUCCUACAACUGCACCUCAAGACGACUUACGGUAUCGGAGAAAAUCACCUAGGGAGUCCGACAGUCUCGUCCAGAAGUUUGAGUGCUGCUGACCGAAAAAUAAAAAGACUUGAGCAAAGUCUGUACUGGUCAUGCUUUAAGUCCGAGUGCGAGUUCCGCGUCGAACUGCCAUUUCCACAAUCCGAACUCAGCCUGGGAGACUAUCCCAACCUUUUCCCGUCGCCUCCAUCGCCCAAGUCGGGUGAUAAUUGCAGUCCUUCAGCCUCUGAUACUCUUCACGGAAGCUCAAUUGGCAAUGAAGACAUGACACUAGACUCCGUUGCCUCGCUUUACGCGUCUCCGAACACGAUCAGUGAGGAUCAUGAAUUGAGAAAGCAUGCGAAACACAUACAUAACGAGGAAGAAAGUUGGUAUUACUAUCUCACGGAGAUUGCACUUCGGCGAAUCGGCAACCGCAUUAUCAAUUCUUUCUUCUGCCAGGAUCGUUCAUUCUGGCUGAACAUCAAGCCGUUCCUCCGCAUAGCGCAGGAGUUUGAGGUUCAGGUUUCGUCAUGGUCGGCCAACCUUCCUCCUGCAAUGCAGCAUUUGGAAACCACGUCUGCUAUUCGCGCUCCGCAUCUCAAUUCCCGGAGGGGUUCCACAGGCAAUCAUGUCUCCCGCGAACUCAGCUGGGCGAUCGAUAACCGGUUGCUUGAAAUGCAAACCUGGCUUUAUCAACCCUUUCUCUAUUAUCUAGUACAUGUGGGACUCAGUCCGCCUCCGCCAACUAUGGGAGGCCAUCCAUAUUACAAACCAGCCGCGACUGACCAAUACGUUCGCAAUGAGCACUUCGACAUUCUAUUGAACCCAUAUCCCUUGACUGCGUCUCCGGUGGCUGAUUCCCGUCGUUUCAACUUUGCCAACGUGCGACCUGGUGUGGAAGAGACCACAGCUAUGGACGAUGAAGACUUUAUUCUCCUUCGCUCCAUGGUUGUGUCGGGUAUAGAAUGCAACAUGAAAACUUUGGAUGUCCGUUCGCUCGGUCAUCGCCACCAUGGCUUAUGGUUCGAUCUCCGAAGCAUCAUGUGCGCGUCACUCACUCUUCUGGCUGUUGUAAAGAGUGGGAACGCCGCAUGGAUUCCUGGGGGAGCGGAAGAGCUUUGGGGCCCCAACUCUGGAGCCACGUACAGUAAAGACUUGCCUAUGCCGAUUGGGGGAAAGAUUGCGGACGUACUAAAGCAGUUCAGCUUUUGGGCGGCGGAGGCCCCGGACAUGUUGCGAUAUAGAAUGAUCCUGGAGGAAGUUGUCAGGGAUGUGAGGGGUUCAUAA